GUCGUCUCCUUUUUCUAAUCUAGAGCUCUUUCCCCUUUCGUUCUUGUCCAAGUGGGUUAUCCCAUAGAAAAUGUCUUGUUCCGUGGUCUCAUCGUCCCUCUCACUCGCCCCAUUCGACUCGGGUGCGACUCGCCAGACUCGCUCCGGCAAACUCGGCUCAUCACUCUCAUGGGUGUCCUCAUUUCCUUCUCUUGGACUCUCUGUCGACACCGCCUGGAGAAUCUCAUCCCCCAUCGUCAACAAGAAAUCAUUCAUCCAAGCUGCGUGGACUCGAAGAUCACGGGGUGAAGCAGCAAAAAGGCCGAACAGGAAGUCAUGGAAGCAGAGGACAGACAUGUACAUGAGGCCGUUCUUGCUCAACGUCUUCUUCUCCAAGAAGUUCAUACACGCGAAAGUGAUGCACAGACCGACAAGCAAAGUCAUUUCGGUUGCCACCACGAAUGCCAAGGAUCUCAGGACGAGUCUCCGUUCCCUCACCGACCAUAACGCGUGCAGGAUCAUCGGUACACUCAUAGCUGAGCGUUCAAAGGAAGCGGAUGUUUAUGCUUUGUCUUAUGAGCCGAGAAAAGGCGAAAGAAUCGAGGGUAAGCUCGGGAUCGUUAUCGAUACGAUCAAGGAAAACGGUAUUCUAUUUGUGUCGUGAAUCUUGUUUUAACUUCUUGUAUCUUUGUACUUUGGGAAGUUUCAUGUAGAGAUUUUGAUCUAAAUGCUUCAUGAUACUUUCAAUUAUCAGAAGGGCUAAAGAAAACUUGGGAAUUCAAUUUCCAAUCAGUAUUGGUUUCA